GGUUGCUGUUGGAUACGCGAGCGUUUUUACUUUGGUCCGCACUUGGCUCUACAGGCUGUACUUGCGUACGUGUGUUGUGUUGUUUUCUACUGUUGUUAUUCGCAUUCUUUUCUAUCGUGGUAACCUGAACAGAAGAAAGUCAGGAAGAAGAAGAAACAUCAGGUUCGAUAUUUGGUGCAAUAAUGUUCUUAAAAGUUCUGUCUAGUAGUUGAAAGUUUGGAAAAUGAAAUUGUGCUCCAGUGAAAGAAUUGAUUUCAUGCUUUAUAAUGAUGAAAUCUACAGUAUAUUAUCAGCAGUGGUUGACGCAAAAAAGUUGUACUGAAAAGUGAAUGCUGCGAUUUUCGUGCGUGAAUCAUAACAAAAGUGGCAUAAAAAUUCCAUCAGGUUUUGUGGAUCUCUUCCGUGCAUAGUUUAGAGCGGAGGCUGUCGUCCGCUGAGUUUCUUUUUCUCCCGCUACUGCUAUUGUUACUUCAGAUGCUGCUGUUUGCUGAAGAUAAUUGUUACAAAAAGUGGUCGAGUAUUGUGAACGUUUGCACAAGUGUUGCCAGGUCUGACAUGCAGUGGAAUAUGACUUUAUCUGAAGGAAUUUAUUCAUCUGGGAGAAUUGCAUUCCGCCGUUGCAAAAGCUCGUACACACCUACUGUCUCUGCUUGUUUACGAUGCUAAUACUUGCACCGUCUGGCUAGCAGGAAUAGCUGUUAAUAAAGACGACAUUGAUUUUUUUUUUUGAAAAGUUCAAAACACUUAAACUCAAUCGUGUUAUUUGAAUAAAAAGCAAUGUUAGCAAUUGGGAAAAUAGUUGACGUGGAAUAAAAUGAUCUAUAGCUGAAAUUGAAAUUUACCAGGACUAUAGAAAACAUAUUCUGAGUGUCAGUGAACUUAUAUUUAUAAGCACCACCGUGUUAACAUUAAAUAUUGUAUUUCUGCAAGUUUUCGCACAUGUGGGCAAGCUCUAUUCAAGUUUCUAUAGUGGUCAUCUUUCUCUUAAGUGCGAGUAUAAUACGUUAGAAGUUUGUACAUCACUAUUUGGUCAACUUUUCGUACCAUAAGUGCAUAUGUGAAAUCCUAUUAUUACCGUCACCGAUGAAGUGUGUAAAUAUAUUACAUUGAAACCGAAAUCAGAAAAUGGAAAACCGUAUGCUGAGGUGUUGGAAAGAUUGAGCAGAUCUCUUUCGAGUUCAAAAUCGGUUCGCCUGCUGCUAACGAGCAAGGUAGUUUGAGGCGAUGGCGUAAAUAAACUCAGGAAAAAUCCUGAUAAGAUAAGCACAAUCACCUAGGACCGUCAUCGUGGCCGUCGUCAUUGUCAGGCGCAUUGAGUGCUCAAUGAGCUGAAGCUGUUGUGGAGUGGUGUAAAUAUUAAUAGUUGAAAGGUUUGUGUUCCGCUGUACGAAAUACGCAGAAGGAAACACCUAGACAACGAUGGUGAUAGGGAAACUGCAACCGUUGGAAUUUACGGACUGUCUGCUGGAUAGUCCGGAAUUCCGAGAAAAUUUGAAUCAGCACGAAAAGGAGCUGGAAAAAACGAGUCAGCAAAUUAAGCGGAUUAUCAAGGAAGUGAAGGACUUGCUAGCUGCCGCCAAAAAUUUGUCCAGGGCGCAGCGAACACUGUCAAAGAGCCUGAAUGAGUUCAACUUCGAAUGCAUUGGUUCGACGCAAACAGAUGAUGAGCAGGUGAUAGCGGAUAGUCUUAAGCAGUUCGGCAAGCUCAUCUCAGCGAUUGAGGAAGAGCGCGAUAACAUGCUAGACCGGGCACACGAUCAGAUCGUUGGUCCUUUGGAAGAGUUUCGUAAGUGUCAUAUAGGAGGUGUAAAAGAGAAUAAGAAGAAGUACGACAAAAAGACUGCCAAAUUUUGCCAGGCGCAAGAAAGGUUCCUUAACAUGUCCUCCAAGAAGCCAGGUGCUGCUGUUGUGGAGGCUGAUGCCUCAUUAGGAAUGCUAGAAAGAGAAUACCUGCAAGAGUCCCUUAGCUACGUUUUGGGAAUACAGGAAGUGCAGGAAAGGAUAAAAUUCGAGUUUGUGGAAAUCAUUCUUAGAUUUAUUUCCGAUUGGCUGGUGUUCUAUCAUCUCGGCCAUGAAGUAGCGGAAGAUGCCAAAGACUAUUUGUCAGAUCUUCAGCUUAAAGUUCAGAAGACCCGAGAAAAUUUUGAUGAGACUCGACAGAAAGCGCAAGAACUAAAACACAGAUACAUGGAGAGCAAGAUGAAACCGGAAAGCGAGUACACCAAACAGGGUUACCUUUUUCUAAUGGAAAAGAAGGCGUUCACGGCAACAUGGUCGAAAUAUUACUGUACAUAUAAGAAACAGAGUAAAAAGUUUUCUAUGUUGCAGUUCAAUCAAAUGUCGGGCCGAUCGCAAUCAUCCACGGAAGUGUUUACGUUGGCCUCAUGCACGCGGCGUCUUUCUGAGUUUGAAAAACGCUAUUGCUUCGAUCUAAUCUUCGAAGAGCGGCCGGCGAUUACGUACACUUUUCAGGCACUUAGUGAAGAGGAUCGAAAAGCCUGGCUGAACGCAAUGGAUGGUAAAGAACCGACGUACCUGGCUCCAUCGACGAAUCACAACGAGGAUGGCAACCUAGACGAUGUUGGAUUCGCAUUCGUACGUAAAUGUAUUGAGGUACUGGAACGUCGAGGGUUAGAGGAGGAGGGUUUGUACCGUAUCGGUGGUGUGAGUACAAAGAUAACGAAGUUAUUGAACAUGGGACUAGACAGAAAAAAGACUGACAAAGAUAGAUUGAUGUUUUUCAAUGAUGAGCAAAGCUCGGAUGUGUUAGAGACUAAAACGAUAGCAAGUGCUUUAAAGCAUUAUCUAAGGAAUCUGAACGAACCAUUAAUGACUUUUCGCUUACAUCACUCGUUCAUUUCGGCGGCAAAACAAGACACGCGACAGCAGCGGAUAAACGAAGUACACCAGCUGAUACACAGGCUACCCAAAAGUCACUUUGAAAUGUUGGAUAUUGUCAUUAGGCAUUUGAAAUACGUAUCCCUUAAAUCAGAGAAGAACAAAAUGUCUGUGUUCAACCUAGGCGUAGUAUUCGGACCAACACUGCUGCGAGCAGCCGAGGAAACAGUCGCUGCCAUAUUAGAUAUAAAGUUCAAUAACGUUGUGAUAGAAAUCUUGAUUGAAAACUACGAUAAAAUCUUCAAAUCGCAGCCAGGCAAGAACGUUGAAUACCUGAAUGUUCUAUUACGAAGAAACAGUUUUGUUUUGAGUUAUGGAGAUGGAUGGAGAUUAUGUCCUAAGCGGUUCUCUUUGUCACUUAUCGAACCAAUGCCUGUGUUAAGACCACAUACAAAUACAAGCCCACCUAUGACUAUGCAAAGAUCCUAUGCCGGCAUUGGUGGUGGUGGUGGCGGAGGAGGAGGAGGUGGCGGUGGUGGUGGUGUUGGUGGAGUGGUAGGAACUGGUUAUACCAAAGAACGCAAUGUUACGUAUUCCCAGCCCGUUGUACGGGUUGUAGCCAAGUCAAAUUACACGGAACCGGUCAUGUCUUCAAGCCUGCAAAACAUCUCCAAUGGACUAUCUCGGUACAGUAAAGGAACCAAUCAUUAUCCCACCUAUGAGGCAAAACCGAAGAUCAUCUCAUCCAUCAACAGUUCCACGCCAUCGCUGCUUCGGGAUACCACUCUUUCGCCACGAGAAAUUAGUAUAGAUACCCGGGAAACCACCUAUCUAAAAUCUGCGCCAUCUACAAUCACAAUCAGCAGUCAUAAUAGUCCUCCCCCGCCCAAUCAUAACCAUCAUAUAGUGCGGCCGGAUAGUAGUGGGGGCAGUAGUCAACUAUAUCAGAGCAACUACCAGAGCCAUCUGUUGCACAGUCGAGUCGAUCCUGCGGCGAUGGUACGUGGUGGCAGCGCAGGAUCGGAAAGCAUUUAUGGUGCCACGACAACAAUGCACAAACUCGGUCACCCUAAUCCAAUGACCAGUAGUGAUUCCAAUCUAACCAAUACUAGAAAAGAGCUUUCGAUAUACGAUCGUAUUAAUUCCACCAGCAGCUCGAACGAGUCAGUAUGUUCGUCAUCCAGUCGAGAUCUCAACCAUUCAUACGGAAGCAGUCGGCCGAUAUCCAGCUGGGAUUAUGGAACUGGCAAUGGCAGUAUUGGCAUGGUGAGCAGUACACUGAGUAAGUUCUCCAUCCGAGAUGAUGCUAGUCAAGGGUAUAUUCCGAAGAAAACGCAACGCGUGAAAGGUCUAACACGGCACACCAAAAUGCUGACGCCGAGAGAUAAUUUGCGCGUGCGUACUCUGUACGCCUGUUUGGCCGAGAACGAUGGCGAGUUGUCGUUCGAACCAAAUCAGAUAAUCACCAAUGUGAAACGUUCCAAUGAACCGGGCUGGCUAGAAGGCACACUGAACGGCAAGUCUGGUUUAAUUCCAGAAAACUACGUAGAAGUACUGAAGUAAGUCCACACAUCGCGCAACUACGCAUCUACUAAAAUAACAGGAGAGCCUAUGCAAAACCGAGCAGCUGCUAUACCAAAUUGCACGUCUAACAACGUACAAUGUUCUGUACUAUGUGUGUCUAAAGUAGUUGAGCGAUGAAUAACUAUUGCAAGUAGUUGAAUAAGUGAGGGCUUGGCGAAUAGAUUUGAAGUUACAGCACACUUUUUUGUUUCUUGAACGUUUUUUUUGAUAACUAAUUUCUACAAUAUAGCAGAAAUGCCAGUCAUUUACAUUUUUAUAUAAUAUUUUUUGAAAUCCUGUUGUGUCAAAAGAUCUAAUUAAUAUAACGCAUUUAAAUAUUUUCGUGUUAUACAGACAGUAUGUUUAUGUAAAUAUAUGGAUUACUGUAUGUAACAGUAUUUUUAUUUUUCUAUUGCUUUUUAAGCACUCUUGAAAGUAAACGUAUUGUUUUUUUUUUGGUUUAAUGAUGCGUGCCAUAGUAGGUACUGCAAAAAAGUAGGAACAUCGAAAACUAGCUAACAGAAUGAGGAAUGAUAAUAUUCUUAACAGUAAACUGAAACAAAUACAAAUCACAAUAAUAAACUGAAACACCAAUAGAUGCAAAGUAAUAACAUUUAACUAUAAUGGCUAUUAAGCAUAUUCGUGUAAGUGGAUACACUUUUCAUGUCAAUGCAAUAUGAAUUCAAUGGUUUUAGAACGUCACUAAAAUUCAGUAGAAUAAUAAUCUGAAUAUGUGCGCCUGGCUUUCGUAAAUAACUUUUUCUAUCUCCCCAUGCAAAACGUAAGCUCAUUUAUUGCACACCGGACUGAUGUUUUGCUGUGGCAAAAAUACAAGUAUGCACCGUCCAAUUACUGAGUAUAGUAAUUUUAUUCAGUUUUCGCGCUUGCAAUUAUAAAGUUGAUAGCGGUUUUAGAAUAUUUUGUAGGUUUUUCAAUCAUUGCAUUUUUUAUAGAUGUGCUCGAUAAUGACUGGAAUGUUCACAUAAUCGCAUUUGAUUUUCAACAAUGAGUCGUUUGCAGAUUAUUAGAACAAACUUUAAAUAUAUCAUCAUAAAACAACUGCUCUUUCGCCUAAGACUCUCAUUGUAGAAACUACACAUACGACUGUAUCGCAAUGUGCACACUAGGUGCAAAAUGCUGGGCUACAUCUUUAAAUCAGUGUAAUAUAUGUAAAUUUAUUCAGGUGUAGCCUAAUUUUAGGACUAGAAAAUGUAUCCAUUUUUAAACAAAUGCAAAAUAUAUGGAAAACAAUGACACCAGAAAAAUAAACUUUAAUGCUAAGCUUAGUGAAAUAAGUAUGUAAGUGAACCAGCAAGAACUAUGAGACGUAAGGCAAGAAUCGAACAUUUUAACUAGUUCAAACUUACAAAAUCGUAAAAAAAACCGUCGAGUAAGAGAUUGCUCGUCUUGUUUUGCUUAUUUUUAUAUUUAUACAGUCCUCAUGGCUUUUAACAAAUACGCAGUGGCACUAAAUUUGGCCUAGUUUUAAUUUUUGUGUACAUAUUUAUAUAUUAGGUAACGGUGUGAAUGUGCUGCUCUUGCUGAGAUAGGUGUCUGCAUGAAUUUUUCUUCACGAUUUUUAACUAUUAAUGCGACUUGGUCAUUUUUUGUUUCGAAAUAUCGGUUGCCAUAUAAAGAACGUACAAAAACAUAUUUAUCCAGCAUCUAUAAAAAGUGAAGGAAAGUGAAACAAGCUUUAUGGCAUCACACUCGUUGGCUCUACUUCUCGGAAGAUAGUAACUAUUAUUAUUAGAACCCCUAUGUAGUGAUUCAUUUCGUCUAUAUUCUUUAGGCAUUCCCUAUUUUUUAACGUCGAUACUGUAGUUUAUAUCUGUCUAUUUCAACGAUAUUAUUCAUUUAACAAUUAUUUAUUUAUUCGAAUUGCCGUUCAAAACAGUAUGUCAUUUGAAACAGUAGUGAGUCAAUCCAAACAUUCCUCUUAAUUUUUAUUCAAGCUAUUUCAGCUUUUUUGCUGUCUCUACCUUUCGAUUAAUGGGAUGAUUCGCAUUGCCUUUUAAUCCAAUUUUAAACAAAAUACUGAGAAACACUUGUAGCAAUGUAGAAAGAAAGAGAAAAUGAAGGAGGUGCAAGGAAUUGUUAGACUGUGAUAAAAUCACAACAUAAAAUCAAUAGGUCGUAUUUAGAUCUAGUUUCUUUAGUAUAUUUCAAUUUCCUCGUAAUUUUACCAUCACUUUUUAGCUUCACUUGUAGAUAUAGACUUUGUUAUUAUGUUUCGGUUAUAUUAUUGUUUGUUAAUUUUUAUUGCAAACUAGCAUUGAUUUAAAAUUCCAUCUAACCAUGAAACGAAUAAGCAAAUAACUAAUUCAAUAAACCUCCUUCAACGGAGAGCGCAUCACAAAUCUUGAGAGUAGCCAAGUAUUAUAAUAUAGAAGAAAAUCUUAAGGCCUGAGAUAAAUAUCACGAGAUAGUAGUUUUUGGGUUUGAUUGAAUACAACUUUUACGUUUGCGAAUAGAAACUCUUUACUACAAUAUGAAGUGUUUUUUGAUGCUAAGGUUUGUAGAUAUAUUGUUAUUUAAUUUUAUGUCUUUUAAAAGUCAGUUGCGAAUAAUCGGAAUUCAGAGUAAUGAGAAGAGAUGUGAAUUAUUUUAUUUAUACAAGUAUCAUACAGAAUGAUUCUUUGGUAUGUGGGAGUAUCAGUCAAAGAAAAAAUAAAAUUACAAAUUAUGCAA